AUGGAUUUUCUACUUUCAUCUAAAUUAGGUCUCAAAGAUGUAGCUGACAAGCUGCCGGGUAAAAGGGUACUCAUGAGAGUGGACUAUAAUGUACCAUUGAAGUCUGGAGUUGUUAAGGAUCUGACCAGAGUAAAGGCAACAAUCCCAACGAUCAAGUUUUUACUUGAAAAUGACGUCCACUCAGUGAUUUUAAUGUCUCACUGUGGAAGGCCAGACGGAAGGGUAGUUGAUAAACUCUCACUAAAACAAGUUGUUGGACCGCUCUCAUCAUUACUAGGAAUGGAAGUAAAUUUCUUAAGCGACUGCGUUGGACCAGAGGUAGAAAAAACGUGUAGUAACCUGACAAAAGGAUCUGUGGUUCUCUUAGAAAACCUUAGGUUCCACCCAGAAGAGGAGGGAGAAUUAGACGGUCAGAAGUUGAGUGAUGAGAAAAUCCAAAAGUUCCGUGACUCACUAACAAAGCUGGGUGACGUGUACGUAAACGACGCAUUUGGUACAGCACACAGAGCACACAGCUCAAUAGUAGGAGUCAAUUUACCACUGAGAGUAGCAGGCUUCUUGAUGAAGAAGGAGUUGGACUAUUUCUCAAAGGCACUAGAAAACCCACAGAGACCGUUCUUGGCAAUACUGGGAGGAGCAAAGGUGAAGGAUAAGGUGAAGCUUAUUUUGGCCUUACUGGAAAAAAUCGAUGUACUAAUUAUAGGAGGAGGAAUGGCCUAUACCUUCAAGAAAGUACUUGACGGAAUGCCAAUUGGAAAGUCUCUGUUUGACAGUGAUAGUGUUGAUUUGGUUAAAGAAAUUGUAGAAAAAGCAAAGGAAAAGGGUGUAAAAUUUCUCCUCCCAUGUGAUUUCGUUGUAACAACAAUGUUCUCAAACGAUGGACCAAUUAAACUAGCCUCAGAGACUGAGGGAGUGCCUGAAGGUUGGAUGGGACUAGAUUGUGGGCCAAGAUCGAUCCAAAAGUUCGAAGAAUCAGUGUUAACAGCAAAGACUAUAGUGUGGAACGGACCACUGGGAGUUUUCGAAUUUCCAAACUUCUCAAAGGGAAGUAACGAAGUGCUCGAUUUCGUAGUAAAGGCAACUGAAAAUGGAGCAACCACAAUCAUCGGAGGUGGAGAUACAGCUUCACUGGCGGAAUCUACAGGGAAAGCGUCUAAAUUGAGCCACGUUUCUACAGGCGGAGGUGCAUCACUGGAACUUCUUGAAGGAAAGCAACUACCAGGUGUUGUGUGUCUAACCAACAAAUUACCUUAA